UCAUCUGCUAAGAAACGUCGUAAAUCGUAUACAGCAGCUUUCAAGCUAGACGCCGUCAAUUAUCGUGAUUUGCAUGGAACCUUGGCAGCGGCUAGUCAUUUUGAAGUCACUGAAGCAAUGAUAAGAAAGUGUACUAUUGAUCGACAAAUUCUUCAAGAGAUCGUUGAUGAAGUUGAAGAUGCCAUCUACAACUGGGUUGUCAAAAAACGAGAAGAAAAUAGAGCUGUCACGGUGAAAUUAAUAAGGACUAAAGCCAAGGACUCAGCAGAAGAGCAUGGUCACCAAAAUUUUAAAGCAUCUCUCUCUGUACGAAGAAGAACAAGUUUCGGUCAACCUUUACCGUCUGACCAUCUACAAAAACGCUCCGAUUUUCGAAAGUUCGUUGCAGCUGGAGCCUUGAACGUGUCCCCUUUCAAUUUGAGAAAUAUUGAUAAAGUACCAGGUCUCUUUGAUAUCAUCUAUGAACAGACAGUUGGUGUGAAGGGGCGAGAGAACAUUAAAAUUGAUUCUACCAGCCACGAGAAAUCUAAUUUUACUGUUGUAUUGGGAGUGACUGCUGCUGGAGAGAAACUUAAACCGAUGCUAAUUUUCAAGAAGAACAAAAUUGCCGUGAUACCAGGAGGAUUGACUCAAACAUUGCAACCCUUAAACGUUGGCAUCAACAAACCGUUUGAAGACCAAUUGAAAGCUGGCUGGGAAAAAUGGAUAAGAGAUGAAGCCAAAGCAACUUACACAAAAAGUGGUAUAAGGAGAAGGAUGAGCCACGAAGGAACUGCAUUUUUGGUUAGCGAAAGUUUCCAAUCCGUUUCAUCUGAUGUUAUUCAACAUAGCUUUAAAAGAGCAUAG